GAUCAUCGGCGGGACCCGUACAAGGACAGAGCCAUGCAGAUCGAGAUCAGCGCGACGGAUUCGAUCGUCAUCGAGCUCGUAGCGAGGGACCCGAACCCGCAGGACUCAGUCCAGAUCUUUGCCCUAGUGCAGGGGGUGCUCCCGACGGGCUUGAGGCUCAGCCCGACCUUGUGCAUGCCGGAGACGGUGCUGAGCGACUCGUGUCCCUCGCAAUCGCAGAGCUGCUGCUCGUCCUGCCCUCCCGGACGAGACUACUGCACGUGCGGGGGGUUUCCCUCCCAGACCUCCUUCUGUCCCGUGGACACGAGAUGCAACCAGGCGAAGCUGCAGGUUGAGUACGCUCCCCUUGCUCAAAACGCCAACACGACGGUCAGGCUGAGCUUCUAUCCGAGAGACUCCUCUUCUUACUGCGCGCUACAUGGGAUCCGCGAUGCUUCCUCCAUGGGUUGGUCAGGCAACUACUUCAACCUCACAAUCUCCGUCCGACGAACGACACACGUGUGGAAAGCUGAUUGGUUCGACAGAUUUCUACUGCAAGAUCAGAUCAUGUCCAUGUACGUCGGCUGCGUGCUGUCAGUUAGGACAGCGUUUGUCAGUCGCGCCAUUCCAUCAUCGGGUAUCGUAGUAGAGCGCUUUUCUAGGCGGACGUGGGUUGAAGAAGAAGGAGCGAUCGAGGUUGUCGGUUAUCCCUCAAUCUCCACCAACUCCAGUCUGCUGGACUUGCAAGUGGUUCCCAGGAAAGGCUCAGAAGGAAGCCGCAUGUUCCUGUGUGUCGCUGCUCUUGACGUGAACGGGCUGUUGAUCAGUAACGGAACUUGCUCGGACAAUAUGGAGCCUUGCAUGUACGAUUCUGAUUGCUCGCGUCGCUGUUUGCCUGUUUGCAUGCGUUUGGAGACGCACAAGUGCAGGUAUUGCGUGGAAGAAAACAUUCUCAGCUCAGUUCGGGUUCAGCUGGGCAUCGACAUUAACUGGAUGAGGUUGUGGACGUUGAACGAUGAUUCUUCGCUUGUAUUGGGCACUGCUUGUCCUCCGUUUCUUGACUGCAGGAAUGGUUCGUUGAGUCAAGCGGUACUGGACAACCCGAGUCUCCUGCCGUUGCUCUCUCAGCGGGGAAAGUUCAUCGUGUGGGUGGGGCUUUUGCAAAGGCUGGAGGGAGACGCACAGGCUGGAGCACUCGCCUGCGCCUUCCGAUCCUCACUUGCGAGCUUGCAAAGCUUGAACCCCGACCUCGGCAUCCUCAACUCAAGCUCAUCCGUGCUCAAAGGCUCUAACGUGUGCCUGGCCGCAUGCGAAAGAAGCAGAGGGAUGUCACCAGUUUGCUAACCUUACCUGUAAUAAUAUUGAUGAGAAUGAAAGCAACCUGUAUGUCUCAUGAG